AUGGAAAAACAUAGUAUUCAAUCUCAAGAUAUACCAAAAAUUCUAGAAGAAGAUAUGCCGAAUAUAGAUGAUAAUAGAGACAGUGAAGGUAAUCAUCCAACAGGCCAAAGCACUAUCCCUUUAGAAAAAAAAUCCUGCAAAAGACCUGGUAAAGAUACCUCUAAAAAUAAAUUGUCUAGUAAGAAAGUAAAGACUAAAGAUAAAAAUUUAUCUAUAUUAAAAAAACUUAUUGAGGAGUUAAAAUCACCAAGUUCUUUAACAAAUAGUACUACUUUUCAGGCUGAAUUUAUCACAAGCCCAAGUAAUUUUUCUGAUUUAUACAAUGCAAUUGUUAAGGCUAAAAAACAAGUUGAAA